AUGACAUCUCGACCCGACAAGUCACCCGACACCCUCAACAAGGCACCUGUAUAUCGAUUGACCGAUCGGAAGGAUGGUCCUGCCAAAACACUUGACAGACUCCUUCGAGAGAAUCACGCAUCUCAUGCAGCUCUGGGAUCUUCCUACGUCAUGGGAGCUAGCAGUUCCAAAUUAGAGGAGAUAUAUGCGGCUGAUUCGCCAAACCUCACUUCUGUUGAUGGCGGCGUGCUGAGGAACGCCAUUUCACGCCAAAACUGGAGGAAGUACCUAGGCCAAAAGCAAUACACCGCCGCAUAUGUCGACUACUUUGACUCUGAAGUAGAGAAGAAUGGCGGAAAUUGGGGCAAGGUCGUCGAAGACUACAUUUACUCUGGGUCGGAGCCGCUAAUCAACGGCUUUUCUGUUGGUCAUCCGUUUAUCCACCUGGCCUAUGGCUACGAGUUUGAGAGCAAGGAAGUCAUCACCGAGGCAUUGAGCCUAGGUUGCACCGAGUAUGAUAAGACACAUAGGUAUCUAGACAUUCUGCCGCCUGAUAACUCAACUUACAAAACCACCAGCCUGGCAGAGGUUUUGGAAAGUCUCCGUAACGACCACCGCUUUGAGAGCUAUUCGCAGCAUCUAGGUUUUGCCAAUAUUUUCACGUUGCUCGACCAAUUUGAGGCGGAGGUUCUGGAGCACUGGAACGCCUUGGUGGUUGAAGACGCAACUAAGCAGCUUACAGAGUGGUUGCAGACGGCUGCCACACUUGCGGUCAGCGCGAUAAACGCAGAAGGUGGCUUGGAUUUCUACCUCGCUCAUGUUUUAACGGUCGGUCACGCUCUCCGCAUCUUACUCCCUCUAAUGCCGGGGCAGCACCGGAUUCCCGUCCUGAAGCAGUUUGGGCUGUACACGAUUUUGGUUUAUCUCGCGCAGUUACGGCCGGGUUUUGGCCCCGAUACAAUCAAAUCUUUCAAGACAGACCUAACCAGUUGGGAUGAUAUUUUCAAGCGCGCUUUGGAGAGCAAGUGGUCUAAUGACAUACACUGGCCGAAGGUGGUCCGAGCCUUGAAGGCCGUGGAGGAGUUGAGAGGAUCUCAAGACGGGUUCUAUCAGAAAGCGGCAGUCAAGUUUAUCGCCGAAUUCGAUGGCUGGACUGGCUUCGGAUUGGGAGCGGACGCCAUUCAUUAA